AUUUUGUGUAGGCUGGCGCACCGGCGCUAGCCACCGAACCCUCGCACCGGCGUGUUGCCAAAACGUUGACCAAAUCGACCAAGUUGUACGCGGUGUAUGCUCAGUCUGCGUCUAAGUCACGCUGGUCAAAACUUUUCAAACUUGUUGACGUCACAGAGUUGCGUUCAAAUUCAGAUACGUUUGUACGUCUGUGUGCUUUCGUCUAGUGCGCGCUUUUCGUGUGCGGGUUGUGCAGGUGCUCUUUUAGUGCGUUUUGCCAUGGAUACCAUGGAGGAAGGAAAUGCGUCCUCAAGGCCACACCGGAAAUGCGCUGAUCUUGUUUCAGUGCGGCGACUUUCCCAAGAGGCCAUCAGUGGCAUGUUGGAUGACCUUUCCGACAGCAUGGAUGACCCUGAUGACCCUGACUUCAUGUUGGAGCCUGAGAGUCACCACAAGCCACAGAUGAAGACACCGACUAAAAGAUUACGUCGGCCUUCUUCAGGCAGCUCAAGCACAUCUAAUGAUUCCGACUUAUCAGCCAAACCACCAAAGAAGGCUGCUGUCCCACUCAAGCAAGUUGGAAAACCAUGUUCGGGGACCAUAAUCACAGUGGUGAAGCCAGGCUUCAGUUUGAUGGAAGAUGCAAACAUCACACAGCACACGCCCACCACUCACGGGUCCAGGUACAUCUGCUGUGUACGGAACUGUGCGUCGCGGGGCCUGAGCAACCUGGAUGGCCUGUGGUUGUUUCCGCUUCCCCAGGACGACGAGACUCGUCGGCUGUGGACUGAGGAGGUCCCCAUUGACCUCGAAGGAAACCGUCCCGCCAGCCCUCGUGUGUGUUUUCGGCACUUUGACAGCUCAAAGUUUGUGCGACGUCAACAGCGCUUGCUGGGUCUCCAGAAGGGUGCAGUACCGUCUGCUACAGCUGGUACCGCGCUUCCAAGUGCGUCUAGCAACAGCAAUAAAUAUGCCAGAAAGAGCAUGCUGGGGGAUGCCUCAAAAACCCCGCAAUCUGUUACACCCACAAGUGUUGCUGUGAAACAGUCUUCGGCUUUGAAGCCAUUGAGCACGAUAUUACCCAAAGUGACAACUGAGCUUAACACUAAAGGUCCACCAAUUCCAGUGUCCCCACCAAUUGUGGGAAGCACUGCGGCAAGUUCAGCUUCAUCAAUCGUUCAACCUAGCAAGGCAAAAAGUGAAAUAUUCAUUGAUCUCACAUCGGACGACAUGACGACUGACGUGGAGGCUGACGUCGGGAAGUCCCAAUUAGCUGCGAUGUUGCGUGGAACUCUGAAAGAGGAAGCUACCAGCCUGUCUCGUGCUGGGCAGUCAUCGUUGUUGACGAACGGGUCAGGACCAUCGGGAAGCGUGGAUGAAGACUGCUAUGAGCUCACGCUCGAGGACAUUGAAGAAGAACUGCCAUGGGUAGUGCCCGACAUGCACUGGGAUUCUGACCUGAAGGACGGCAGGCUACACCUGGUCUGGUGCAAUUCCCCUGACCAGGAAAGCAGCAAGAAAGUCAUUCUCGACAAGGACCUGCGAGUGAGUGUGUACAUCGGCAAAAAACAAGUGGUGUUGGGCGUGCAAAAGAUCACAACCAUUGCAAGUCUCAAGCAGCUUUUUAUAGAACUUGGCAAGAUAUAGCUGGUCGGCCGUCUCGGGUGUCAGUUUGAGUGAAAGCUUUCCUUGCAUGUGUUUUUCUUUGUUUUCUUUUCUUACCCUCCCUGUUAGAAAACAUUUCUCGGUGGGGCAGAUCUUCAGAAAGUUUAUGCUGGUGAGAGACUUCCCGAAACUUUUCAUACGGCAGUGUCUUUUCUUGCUGCUGGCAUUUUGCCUUCAUGUUGUAUAUUCUCGUGAGUGUUCAUAUUCCUUAAGGGGCAUGAGCCAAGGAAUCGGAGGCAUGAGCAUGUGCUUGGGAAAGUUCUUGAGACGACAUGAUGUGCGCCUUCAUUCCAUGUUAAUAGCAUAACAGUUGCUUUGUACAUUUCUUGUUGCCUUUCAGAUGCAAUAGUUAUUGAGGGGGUGCUUAAAUCUAUUAAAACUUCGAUAGAACAGUCACUGCAAAGUAAAGUCGACAAACUUGCUUUGUGCAAGUAUAGAUGAUUAAUCCUCAGUUCAGAGCAGAUGAGUAUGUAUUGCCAAAGCUGGCUCAGUUCAUGUUGCGUUAUUUUUUAAUCACAAGUGUAUUUUCUUUUAAAUAUUCCAUCUGGUGUGCUUCGUGAUGUGCCAUUUCUGUUAACUUUAUUGAGGACCAGGUGUCUUAGUCACCACCUUCCAGUUUAACUGUACAUAUCUCAUCAUGUUGUUGCCAUCAAGGCCUUUGUAUUUAUUGAUAUUCAAGACUUUUCAUUUUGUAUAUAUAUGAUUUGCAAGCAGCAGGUCAUGAAGCCAAUAAAAAGGUUUCUUACAUUC